CACAUCCACACACACGGAUACUGGCGGCUGUGCGGGCUGGAGCACGGGGCAAUGGGCGAGGGGCAGCGGUAGAGCGCAGGGCACCAGGCUUUCCUCGCUGGACAGGACACCGCCUGGGUUACUGUGAAGGUCCGGCCAGUGCACGGAGCAGCUCUUAACAUGAUGCACAUAUUCCCUGCAUAACGGGAUGUCCAGAUGAUUCUACAAUGCCAUGUAAACACUAGUAACCACCCAAAGUCAGUGGGAAAGCAGUGGGAAGAUGGAAGAACUCUAUAAAGAAACACCAGAUCUGCAAAUGGACUUGAAUGGCAAUCCCUCCACUAUCCCAAACAAACUGGAGAAUGGGGUCACACAGCUGAUUACUGCAGAAGCCUGGAAUAUUAAUCCAUCUGGUCUAAUGAAAAAAACACUCUCCCCUCUUGUUACUCUGCCGACUGCCCCUGUCCAUAGCCCCUCAUCUGAUUCCCAGAGUGGGGUAGCACUGAAAGUGGCUGCAACUGUUCUUCAACCUAUUUGCUUGGGAGACAGCCCUGUUGUACUGCCGGUACAUUGGCAGGUUGCAGGUGGCACACCACCUCAAAUGAACACAAGCAGCAGCACACCCUAUGUUAUAACAACACAAGGUCCUGUACCACUGCCUGUACUUUUGGAGCAGCAUGUUUUUCAGCAGUUGAACUCUCCAUUGGUGUUGCCUCAAGGAUGCCCUGGCCCCACCAUCCAGAACCACCUUUUCCCAGGAACGACUGCUUCUACUGUUGGUCAGCCACAAAUAUUAGACCAGAAAAUGUCCAGUCCUGUACAGGAAGCUGUACUUCCUCCAGUUUUUCAAACACCAGGCUUUUCAGCUGUUCUACAGGAUUUAUUUCCUCCCCCAAGUUUAGGCACACCCUCUCCUUGUCAUUCAUCUCCAGAUAUAAACCCCAUUCCCCCUCCAGUCUUCAGUUCCCCUUUAGCUCCUUUAGUUCCACCAGCGACCCUCCUGGUUCCAUAUCCUGUCAUUGUUCCCCUACCAGUGCCUCUGCCUAUACCAAUCCCAAUCCCAGUGCCACAGACUGAAAAGGACGGUAAGGGAAAUGUGGACCUUCCUAAAUCUACAGUAGAAAUCCUGAAGAGUUGCAAAGCUACCCAAACUACCCAAGAGAAAGAAGAAACUAAACCUUUUGAAUACACAGCAAAAACAGAAUUUCCACAGUUUCAUCGACACUCUGUCAUUAAAAUAAAUAAUGAAAAUGAAGCGCUUGAUCUUUCCAUGAAAACUGAGCCACUGGUUGACAAUGAUACAAGUGCUGAGGUUCUCCAGGAGGAUGGUGUUUUAGAUCUCUCAGUCCCUGUACACAAGAGAUGUGCAAGCACUAGUACUCAAGUUGGCACAUCUGCAUCAAGUAUGUCACAGUGUGACCUUGUAGGUCCUUCCACAGGUAAAAGCUUCCCUGCUACAACCUUGAACUCUUCCUUAGUCCAUAAUGAACUGACACAGAAACAGGACAACAGAGUCAUCUGCACCAACACUGCUGAAGUAUUGCGCCAACCAAAAUGGGUUUCCGAGCCAAGCGGCAGAGUGAGUUAUGAGCCGAAAAUGUCCAACAACAUUGAGCUGGUGAGCAGUUCCCAAACAGCAAAGGUCAUUGUUUCUGUGAAAGAUGCCGUUCCUGCCAUAUUUUGUGGCAAAAUAAAAGGACUUUCUGGCGUUUCAACAAAAAACUUUUCCUUUAAGAGAGAUUUGCCCCAGGACUCUAUGAUGCAGAGCUACGAUAUGAAGAGUCAGACAGAGGUGAGAGAGAAUGCCGAUGCUUUACGAAAGCAAGUGAAGAACAGAGGCAUGAAGAUAAAGAAAGUAAAUUCCCAAGAGAUACAUAUCCUUCCAAUCAAAAAGCAGAGACUGGCAGCUUUUUUCCCUAGAAAAUAGUAUGUGCCCAAAAGUGCUGCAAGAAACAAAGCUUACUAAAGUUCAGAUAUCUCAUGCCACCGUGUUGGCACGAGGCAUACAAAGACUUCAGCUUUCUUAUUCAUUUUGUAAAGGUAAGAGCGAACUAUGUACUCACACAACAAGUGCAUACCUUUACCUGUAAAAAGAAACUUUGUAAUUUAUUACAUUUGGGAGGGGGGUAAAUAGCUACAAUAUCUACUAUGUUUUUUUGUAACUUGUACUGGGCCACAAAACAACUUAUUUUUAAGCAGAUUGCACAUUUUAUGCAGCCUUUACUAGACUGAUGAGUUGGCCAGAGCUGUUUUUACUGCCAAGAUUUGCUUAUAUGCUGUAUUUAAUAUGAAUUGCAUAUUUAAAAUAAAUGUUUGUAUGUGUUCAUGACUCACUGUCUUGUGCUUGUGUUAUGCUGCUUGACAAAGAUAUUCAAGGGACUGAAACGUAUAUAAAAUAUUCUCUGUAGUUCAGGGGAAGCAGAAAAUGGUAUUGCAUUUAUAGUUACUUACACACAUUUAAAGGGACAUAGUUAUAAUUUUUAUAUAACAUAUUGACCCCUUGACACUAAACAUUUUUAA